AUACGCACGUGGUUAGUCUUGCUGAUCAUCAUGGCGGCGGAACCCGCACGCGACUGGAGCGAUGAACAGCUAAAAGGUGAAGAAGUACCGAAGAGAGAGAUCAUUACAUUUCUCAGGGAUAACGGAGCGCACUCGUUUCUAGCUGAACACAAACUUCUUGGAAAUAUCAAGAAUGUGGCAAAGACGGCCACAAAAGAGAAACUCGUUGAAGCCUACAACCAGCUGUUCUUGAGCAAGAGGUUUAAAGGCACAGAAAUUGAUGUGGUCACAGAAGAGGUCAAAGCUGUAAAAAUCGAUGACACCCCUAAAGAAGUCAAGAUAGAAGCUGUAGAUGAGGGUCCUCCUAAAUACACGAAGUCAAUCCUUAAGAAAGGCGAUAAGGCGAAUUUCCCCAAGAAAGGAGAUACAGUAGGCUGCUGGUACACGGGAACUCUUGAAGACGGAACUGUGUUUGAUACCAACAUACCUGCAUCUGCAAAGAAAAAGAAGCAGUCAAAGCCUCUGAGCUUCAAAGUCGGGCUGGGAAAAGUCAUCAGAGGAUGGGACGAAGGUGUGAUGACGAUGAGUAAAGGCGAAACCGCUCGAUUAGACAUCGAGCCUGAAUGGGCGUAUGGGAGAAAGGGAGUGCCGGACUCAAAAAUCCCACCCAAUGCAAAGCUGAUAUUUGAAGUCGAGCUGGUGUCUAUUGAUUGAGUCCUUCUAAAACACAGAAGCACUUCAGUAUCACUCGAAUGUUAUUUUGUUUCUCUUUUUAUGUUGGAAUGGCCAUGUUUCAUCUCAGUCAUGCGACACUGAGUUCUUCAAAAGCUAUUUUUGCAUGGUUGUAAUGUUACAAUAAAAUGAAACACUGAACAA